UGCAAGGCAAAACUUUGAAGAAGAAAAAAAAAACACAUUAAAAAUCGACGAGGUCAACCUCAAAUUUUAUGAAUAAUUUCCCGACAGAACACACAACAAAGUUGUCUCAAAAUCUUUUUUAAUAAAAAGGAAGAAGAAAAAAACCUAAGCUGUUGAACGAUGGCUAAAGAUAGUUGUUUGGCCAGAAUCACUGCCGGAGUUGCCGUCGGCGGCGCAGUAGGCGGUGCUGUAGGUGCUGUCUAUGGAACUUACGAGGCGAUUAGAUUCAAGGUUCCUGGGCUUAUGAAGAUUAGAUUCAUAGGGCAAACAACCUUGGGCAGCGCAGCAGUUUUCGGUCUUUUUCUAGGUGCGGGCAGUUUGAUACACUGUGGAAAAUCUUACUGAUUCCCAUACAUUGGUUUAGCUCUAGAAGCUUUAAGUUUAUUGCCCUGCAGAGUUUCCUGGUGAGAGAUUUGUUUCUUUUUUUAAAAAGACAUUGAGCUUUUUGUUCAAUAAGUAUUUGAGUAAUCGUCUCAUAUGUUUCUGUCCGCUUUGUGAAUCACAAUCUCUUGGGUUUUGAUCAGUAACAGCUUCUUCUUUUUUUUUUUUUUGCCUAAGAUGAUCUUUUUAAUGAAAAGACCAUGUUACAAGGAGUUCUGUUUCAAAAUAAAGCUGUAUUAAAUAGAGCAUA